GGGGCUGACGGCAACAUUGUUUUAAAUUGGACAAAUUGACAAGAGCGAGAGAUACACGGCAUUCUAUCGUCACCUGGGGGCGCAGUACUGGGCCUAUUUCCCCCCUUCCUCGGCCCCCAAGAGCCGGGGGCCUGCUUUCUGCAGGGUUCCCGGGCUCCCGCUCCAGGGCCGGGCUGACCCGACGCGCUAGCGCUUCAUGGAGAACUUCCAAAAAGUGGAAAAGAUCAGAGAGGGCACAUACGGAGUUGUGUACAAAGCCAAAAACAAGUUGACGGGAGAAGUGGUGGCGCUUAAAAAAAUCCGCCUGGACACUGAGACGGAGGGUGUACCCAGUACUGCUAUCUGAGAAAUAUCUCUGCUUAAGGAGCUCAACCAUCCGAAUAUUGUCAAGCUGCUAGAUGUCAUCCACACAGAAAACAAACUUUACCUGGUUUUUGAAUUUCUACACCAGAAUCUCAAGAAAUUCAUGGAUGCCUCUGCUAUCACUGGCAUUCCUCUUCCACUCAUCAAGAGUUAUCUGUUCCAGCUGCUCCGGGGCCUAGCUUUCUGUCAUUCUCAUCGAGUCCUACACAGAGACCUCAAGCCUCAAAAUCUGCUUAUCAACGCAGAGGGAUCUAUCAAGCUAGCAGACUUCGGACUAGCCAGAGCCUUUGGAGUCCCUGUUCGUACUUAUGCCCAUGAGGUGGUGACCUUGUGGUACCAAGCACCUGAAAUCCUUCUGGGCUGCAAAUACUACUACAUAACUGUGGACAUCUGGAGCCUGGGCUGCAUCUUUGCUGAGAUGGUGACUCGUAGGGCCCUAUUCUCUGGAGAUUCUGAAAUUGACCAACUCUUCUGGAUCUUUCGGACUAUGGGGACACCAGAUGAAGUGGUUUGGCCAGGAGUUACUUCUAUGCCUGACUAUAAGCCAAGUUUCCCCAAGUGGGCCCGGCAAGAAUUUAGCAAAGUUGUGCCUCCCCUGGAUGAAGAUGGACGGAGUCUGCUGUCGCAAAUGCUGCACUACGACCCUAACAAGCGGAUUUCAGCAAAGGCAGCUCUGGCUCACCCUUUCUUCCAGGAUGUUACCAAGCCAGUACCACACCUUCGACUCUGAUGGCCUCCCCCACACCCCUACUCCAGCUCUCACCCUCUCUUCCAGCAGGGGUCUGAUCUGGCUUAGACCUGGGCUAUUUGCCCUCUGAUCUUGCCUGUCUGCCUUAGCCAUUUAUCUUCCCUUCAACGCAGAUGAAUCUGGGGGUCCAGGGGGUGGAGGGAAGAAGUAGAUGAAAAUGAAAGGGAACUUCAGUAUUAGAUGCACUUAAAUCAGCCUCCACCACCCUCUCUACCUCUUUUUAAUCUGCUGAGAAGGGCUAAUAUUUAAAAAAGAAAGAAGCUUUUCCCUCCCCUCAUUUAGAAUUUGCCAUCCCAAUUGCCUCACAAUUAUUACUUCCUGCAUUUGGGAUGAAAAAGACCCUAAGUCUCUCACAGUCUCUAUAUGUGUAAGGUCAGCUGACAGCAAGAGAGCUAAAUUGGAACUUUUGAACAUUGACAAAACAAGAGAUGUAAAAAAGGGCUUUUGCUUUAAGGAAUUGGGUUGAAAAAAAAAUCUAAUCAGUUUAUACCUUAGCUUUAGUGAUUCAUCUCACCUGUUCGGGAAACACAAGACUCAAUUCUGGUGGGACUGCAGUAGAAACAACUGCUCUUGGUCCCCUGUCUGUCCCCUCCUAUGGGAAUCUGGGACAGGGAUUAUAUGUCAUUUGAGGUUUUAUGAAGAAAAUGAAAGACUGAAAUUUUCUUACUUUUUUUAAAGAUCUUUAAUUCUUCAGACACCAGGAAUAUCUGCCCCUAUCUUCCUCUGAAUGCCAACCAUAGGAGUGGAAAUUAGAGGUUAGACAUUAUUUUGAGGAUGUGGACACAUUUAGUCCUGGGAGUGAGGGGCAUUGGAGAAAAAUAUUUCUUUAAAAGGAUGAACAAUUAUAUUUAUAUUUCAGGUUAUAGGUUUUUGUUUUUUUAAGUGGGAGUCAGUGUAUUUGUUGCUAUGUGCACCUUGGGCUUUUGUAAUGCAAAUGUUAAAAAACAGAGUAUUUUUUCUUAUGAUUUUUGUCUAUCCCACCCUGUGUCCUUGAGUGUUCUUGCUCUUAAUGUUA